UGAGAAGCAGGCAGGCUGUGACAGGCCUCAGUGCCCAGUCUGUUACAGGGAGCUGGAAACGAGCUUCCCCAGCGUGAGGACUCGCACAAAACUCCCUGGAAGAUGUCUGGUGUCUCUGAUAAAAAAAACCCUACAGAAUCACGAUUUCUUCCAAUUUCACUAUGUGACAGGACACCAGGUACCCUCAUUACUGGUGGUUCACCCUAGAAGGGUCUCUGGGAGCCUGGAGGCUAUGGGGUGUAACCUGGGGUUAAACUUUGUUGUUCUACAGCCUGGAGUUCCACCUCAUUAAUUCCCCAUAGGCCAGUACAACCAGAGGUUCGGGCUGGCUGAAUGGGAGCAGGUGAACACAGGGCCUUUAACUGAAGACACAAAUGACCAAAGCCAGGUGCAGCUGCUCCCAGGGACACACCCUGCCCUGCUCCUGCUGCUGGGGGUCUGACCUGUCCCAAGGUGCUUCCCAGAGGAACACCAUUUCAUCAGCUCCCUUGGGGAACAGUAUUUUUAAACCGUGUUGCAAUUCUCUCCCUAAGAGUAAACACAAGUUUUUUCCUACAGGUGGGAGGGAAGAACAGCCUUGCAGCCAGGUGAGGAGGGUGGAGGGAGGCUCUAAGCCCACACCAAAGGCCAGUGCCAGUGCCACUCCCUCUGAACUCCAGAGGGAUGGUUGUGUUUGGCAGCACAGACCUAUUUCCAGUUCAACACCUGGCUCCGUUCUCUGCCUGUGCCUUUAUUUGCUGUUAGUUCCUGUGCCUGGCCAGUCCAGGGCUCUUUAAUCCUCCCCUCACCUUUCCUAGCCCGGGUGACUCCCAGACAUGCACAGAACACCCCAAAGCCUGGGCAGGGCCUUGGCUGAGCUGCCCCUCGGGUACAGGUGAGCAGGGCAAGCCUUGCCCUCCUGGACAGGUGGGGAUGAGCCCUGCCCCUGUCCCAGGACAAAGACCCACAGGGGCUCUGCUGCGCUUUCAACACGAGGGGUGACCUGUUCUGCUUCAGCAGCUCUGGGUUAUUUGAGUAACUCAAAGCAGGAGUGCAACAGCAGCAGCCAAACCCAAAGUGUGAGCCCCCUCAGCCAGCCUACAGCCCCCAUCUGCAUCUUAAAGACAGCUAUUACUUACCAGAUUGGUACUUCAACACAACUGACUGAGGGGAAAUAGCACAUUUUAAAAAGGUGGAAAAUGUGACUUAGCCUGUAAAGGCAUUUUCUGUGAAAAAUUCAAAUUCGGAGCUGUCAGCUUUGGAUUAAAAACAAAACCUGUGGUGCUGCUGGGCCGGGGAGAAAAGUGUGGGGGAGGGAAGGGCUGCGAGGGAGGUGUUGUACUUGACAUUCCUGCAGUGAAGCAGAAUGGCAGAUGGUCAAAAUAGUGCUGCUUUCCCCAAAUGGAUGAGCUGAAGCAACACUCAUGUGAGGGCUGAACAAUGGCUGAUGCCUGUGACAAGGGGACAAGUGGGGCUGUGGCCAGGCACACCUAGGCCAGGAGGACCUGCAACACAUCCGCCUUGGAGCCGGAGCAUUCUGACAGUCCCAGCUUCCUUCUGGCACGUCCCGAGCUCUGCAGCCCACCUUGCAGCUCCCUGAAAGCGCAGUGAUUGAUGGGGAGGUGGCAGCUGCGCAGUGAGCAAGUGACAACCGCCCUGGAGAAAGGCUCCCAUACCCAGUGUUCCCAUUCCCCUCGUAGGCUGUCUGGCACAGGCUCUAAUGACUUGGCCGCCUUGCCAGGGGAGCUGCGGAGUCAGAGAGGGGGCUCUGCGCGCUCGACUGCGCCCACGGUCGGCGGUGGGUUGGGGUUGGGAUGCUCCUGUGCUAUGGAGGAGGGUGUUUGCUCCCUCACUGUUGUUUGUUUGGGAGUGUGCCUGGGCAAUGUGAAAUUACCAGCAGUGAAAACCAAACAGCAGCUUGUAAAUACAAAACAGUAAAUGAUAAGGAAACCACAAACACCAGUUUCUGACUCUCAUGGACCAGUGGAGCCCUUAAAAUUCAGAACUCAUCCAAACAAGUGGAAUUUACACAGAGGGAAAAAAGCUGCCUGGCAGCUGCUCCCUGCCUGUCACACGGGUGAACAUGGUGGCAGGGGCAGCCCCACACAGCUCUGUGGGCACUGGGGACAGUGGCCAGUGUGGCUCCUGGCUCCGUGCCCGUGGCUGUCCCAUCCCUGGUCACACACACCACCAGGCCCUUUCCUCAGUGCCCGUGUCCCUGUGCCCAGCAGCAGCCGCCGGGGCAGCGGGGACCACGUGGGGCUCAGGGCGCGCAGAGCCAGAGCGGGCAGGGACAGCCAGAGACAGAUCCGGAGGGCCCCAGAGCCACCACGGCCACACGCUGAGCAGAGGAGGAAGAGGAGGAGGAGGAGGAGGAGGAGGAGAGCUGUUAGAGGUGAAGCACAGCGGCAGCAGCAGAGGGGCCUGCGGGAAGCGUCGCUCUUACCUGCGGCCAUUAACGAGAGCGUUACACACUCUAAUCUAAAGGGAGAGAACACAAAACCGUGUCAGUGCAGGAGCAGCACACCCGGGACCCGCUGCGCCAACGGCAGCCUGGCACAGCAGACACCGGCACACGCUGGGCACCAGCGGAAGGGCAGCUCAGGAAGGAGAGUUCCCCUCAGCCCUCGGGGACCUGGAGAAAUGGGGACCCACACGCUUCCUUCUCAGGUCUGUGGAUUGAAACAGUCAAGGGAGGGAAUGCUGGCAAAAAUGGGAAUGAAUAACCAUUGCACUUCAGCUUUUGCCAAACGAGCUGCCAUGGGACGGUGGGUGCAGCUGCCUCGGCUCCACCUCCAGCACCGUUGCUGGUCACACCAUUUCAAACUGUGUAAGAUCUGAGGCUUCACAGAGACCUAAACCACUGGGACACUGCAGGCAGGUUAAAACCCCAGGAAAUGAGCAGUGUAGGGCCUCUUACAGGUGAGGCCUGGUGAGGGAGGCUUAAGCUUUUAAAAUAAGUUCUUUGCAGGAGGGGAUUAGAAAGGGAGUUAGGAAUAUAGAUAAAAACACACUUUAAACGAAAUUGUUUUGUGGGAAGCUAGAGAGAAAUGGCUUAUUGCAUCUCAAAUCCACCAGAGAGAACAAACCUCGUUUCUCAUGCCCCGCCUUGCCAGGGCAGGUGCUCUAGGAAUGACCUUUCAGCCAUUUCUCUCCUCCUGAAGUAGCUGAACACCCCUGAAAGCAAGGAUGGGUCUCCAUGACCUGUAAGGAUCCCGAAGCCUUGUAUUUGAGAAGACCCAUGAAGUUGUCACAUGGGCUGUGACCUGUUCCAGCCCCCCAUUAACCUGUCAGCCAGGACAGGGCUGUGGAAAUCUUUGUUUUCCUUCCUAGUAAAUGUGAAGGUCAGAAAAUUCCAGAGAGAAUCACUGUAGUAAAUCUGCCCAGUGUUCCUGCUUCCCACUUCCAAGGACAGGCUCAAAGUACACUGUAAGCAGCAUCCUGAGCCUGUGUGGAAGAAAUCAUCGAUAACUGAAGCAGUGGCUGUGCUAAUCAAACACAUCCUGCAGUGCCUUGGAAAGCUCUAAGUGAAGCAGUAAGAGAAUCUCAAACUACAGGUUAAUCAGGGGCAGAAUCACCCCUAAAAUAGCAUUCACAGUUUCCAGGAGGGAGUGCCUGGCACCGUCACAGGCCCAGCCUUGACGGUUUGAGGGAUUUGGAAAUAAACCCUAAAUGUACACAUUGAAGUUUAAUUAGUCAGGACUUUGAGCAGCCACUAAUUAGUUCUGCACGGGUUGGCCUCAACCUCAGCCAGGAGGAGCAUGGGGGGUUUUGGGGGUGUCACAGGUGGGGCAGCCCAAGCCCCUGGCCACAGGACAGCUCUGCUCCAGCUCUGCUCUGGCUCUCCACGGCCACCGAGCCGGUGCCUCAGUGCAGAGGGAAAAUGCAAAGGGGCCACAUUGCCCGGAGCCUUCUCCGAGCUGACAGCUCGAGCAGCUGGAGCUGUCACCCGGCAGGAGAGAUGGGCCUGUCAAGCUCAUAUUUUCUCCCAUCCCAGCACUGAUUGCUUGGAGAAACCCUCUCUCUCUGCCUCCUCUCCCGGAGAUCGUAGCUGGGGGAGCUCCCUCUGAGUCAAUCAAUUACAUGGAAAAGGCAGGGGCCCAGGCUGAGAGCCCUAACGUGCCCCUUCCCUGCUGGAGAUCCCGAGGGAACACCAGGCUUGAGGGAGAAGCAGCCCCAGCACCUGCCCUGCCUCGGGGACAGGUCGGCACAGGGCACAGGGAAAACGACCCCUGUGCCCAGAGCAGGCGGCCGCUGCUUUGCAGAGAGCUGCAAAGGAAGGAUGCAACUUCCCUAGGGCUCUGCAGGGAUCCAGACCCUCUGGAGCCAGGCCUGUUCAGCCACAGGAGCUACGGGGGGACAGAGCUGCUGCCUCAACAAUUCAUGGUAACUGUGACACUGCUUUGUUUAAUGGCAGACCAUUCCUGCCCCUCACAGGGACACUAAGGUGGCAGCUCUGUGGAUGAGGGCAGGAAAGCCACGGAGGGAACACUGGUAACAGAGAGCACAGGGGCAAGGAGCAGCUCCCGAAUCUGCCCCCGAGGGCAGCCCAGCGGCGGCUGGGACAGAGGCUCCAGUCUGCUCAGGAUGUGGAGCUACCUGGAUUAAAAAGAGAGGGAAAGCCAGACAGGUCCCUGCACCUCCUCCUGAAUACUCACAGGGAAGGAGGAGAAAAGAAAGCCAAAUCCUGCCUCCUGUGGUAACUCUUCUGGCUCCCCUGCUCCACCUCCCUCAGCUUUUCCUCUUUGUUCACUGCCUGGACAACCUGCACCAGGGCAGCACCUGAGUUCCAUCUCACCUGCUGAGCACGAGCUCCGUGCUAACGACUCAAUUCCCUGUCCUUCCUCCCACAUCGGAGGAACCCGUCCCAGACCAGGGAGGGCUGGGCACGGAGGAUGGAGCCCACAGCUGCCCCUGGCAGACAGUGCCAGCGCUGCCUCCUCUCCUGGCAGCAGCAACUGAGCCGUGGCUCCGAGCAGCCAGGACAGUCGGGAAUUUCCUGAGUCCCAGGUACUAGAAAUUAAUUGUUCCGUUUCAGGCAACACUGACACACGGAUCAAACCCGACCUCAGCACAUGCCGUACGUGCUGUGGUAUCGUGGCGAGCUACUCACUUUCAGAUGUGUGUUUUUUUACUAUUCCCCAAAACAGGCAGAAAUUAUACAGAACCCGGAGAGACUUUUGUUCCACCUGUACACAGAUCUGACAAAACACCCUACAAGGAAAACACCUCAUUUCAAGGAAAAAGAUAAAAGCACAAAAAACCCAAAGAAGUAAAAAACAAAAACAGAAAACCCACACCAAAGCAAAAGGAAUCCUGACUAGUUACAAAGGAGCAUCAGUCUGGUUAACGCAAUAGUUACUCUGGGUUUGGUUUUGUUUCUGUCAAAAAUACAUUUUAAAUCUAGAUGUCAAAUUGAAAUAUUCCUUUCGCUUUAAAGUGGGAAAGAUAAAGCUCAGCACUGACCAAAAAGUGGUUUAAAAUAAACCAGAUCUGGUUCCUUGUACAUUCAAGUGUUUUCUACAGGAACUUUAUGCAUGUAAAAGUCUGGAGACAAAAGAAAAGCAUGUGUCACCUUUACAACAAAAAGCCUGCAAAAUCUCGGUUUUAUGUAAAUCAGCAGGCAGGCUCCCGAGGCUUUAAAACCAGGGAAUGCUGAAAACCUCUACAGUUCCUCAACUCAAGUGUUGCUCCUGGGCAAUGCCAUAAUAUUCAUUAAAGAAUCCAUUUAUCAACAGA